GGGGGGCUAAGGAGGACGGGCAAAUGAUCAAUGAUAAUUUGAACAAGCGUAUAGACUGAUUGAAUUGAGAAUCUGGAAAGGGGCGAGGGGAAAUUGUUAUACAUAUUAGACGGAGUCGAAUUUCGAUGCAUCCAUAUUGUACAAACGAGUGAACACAUUCCAUGCUCGAAAUUCGGGAGCGUAAAGUAAACAUGAUUUGUAAUUGUUAUUUCAUGAAUCAUCGUCCGGAGUUCUGAUGAGGGUAUUAUAAGCGGUAGAAAGCUCGCUUCUGAAUAUCGUGUGGGAGUUGAUUUCAUAAAAACAUGUUGUUAGGGUCGGAGAGAUUAAUCGACGUCAAAAGGCAAUUGAGGUCGUGCGAAGUACGAAUUGAAAGAAGAAAAAAAGUCUUUCCGAUUAGGUUAUAGCGCGGUAAAAUGCUCCGAUUCGAAUUUGACGCGUGUGAUAUGAUAAAAUACCAGUCCAGUCGCAUAACCUCCUGGUUGGCCGAUUGGUUUCUAGUUUCUCCUAACCGGCGCAGUUGGUUCCCCUCCCGUUUGCGCAGUAGCCCCCAUCAGCCAUCUUUGUCAAGUGGUAACCUUUGUUGAUUUGUGAAAUGUGACGCUGUUUUACUAGAUAAUUAGUGUUUGUGAUAUCGUGCUAGUAAAGUUACGGUGAUACCAUACGUGGUGGAUUACACAUGGACAGUCUGUGACAGAACAUACGCGGAGGAGAGUUAAGGUGGCCGGUGACGGAAAAAGCUGAGGGCGCCGUGGAGCCGGUCGUUCGAGGUGGGACUGCGAGACUCGGGCGACAGAAUGUGAAUGCGAUUGAGUGAAUGCGGGACCGGGACUCGAGAUCCGAGUCAAGUGAUUCGCGAGGCAUUCGCGACUCAUUGUCAGUACGGAGAUGGGGGAGCCGGAGUCCGCGGACACGUGGUCGGCGUGGUUUCUGGACGCAAUACGAAAGAUACGGAGCCAGAAGCAGCGGCCGAGUGUCGAGCGGAUAUGUCACGCUAUACGGCAGCAUCACAAUUAUCACGAGGAGGAAAUCGGGGAGCAUCUUGAGGUCGCUGUAAAACGCGGCGAUGUACUCAAGGUAUUCAACAAGGGACAAUCCUCGUACAAGGAUCCUGGUGGCCUGCAGUCACGUCCGCUCAAGGUUUCCAAGUCGACGGACCUCAGCAAGGUCUUCGGCAAGGCGGUACGCGAACUUGGCGAGCGCGAGGGCUCGACCUUGAAAAACAUCGAGAAGUACAUACGGCAGAGUCAUACUGUCGAAGAGGACAGCGAUGGGGAUCUGAGAACGGCGCUGAGAUUGUCGGCCAAACGUGCCGUUGACCGGGGCUUCGUCCUGCAGGACGGGAGGUUGUUCCGGCAACCGGACAGGCCUCCGAACACGGGGAAACGGCUCAGCGAAUCCACAGCCCAGAACUCGACCCUGGAUUCACCGGCAAAACCUCCUGCACCAUUGCCGAUAUGCAAAGAGUGUCUUGGGACUACAACAGCUGGAAAUAACAACAACAACAAACGUAACGCUGCAGAGAAGUUGAGUAGAUGUAGUAUAUGUGGUGCAGCGCUUCACAAUUCGUGCGCUCCUCCAGAACUUUCGAUUCUUGUGGACAGAGGUACGUCAUGGAGCUGUGACGAUUGUUCUCCGACAUGCGCUGGCUGCAAACUGGAGCAGGCGUCUCAGAACUAUCUAGUUAAGUGUGCUGGAUGUAUCAAGUGCUAUCACCCAACGUGCUUAGACCCCGUUUUGGAUAAAAAAAAUAAAGCACCGUGGAGGUGUCGACACUGUCAAACUGCACAUGCACCCAACACACCAAAGGAAGAUAGUAAAAAACAUAAAGCGCAUGAUGCAUCUAAUCUUGAAUCUGGGACACCCACAAGUACAAGGAAAAAACUUAGCAAGAUUCGUGAGAAUAGAAAAUUAGGAGUAUCACGGAAGAGCUUGGCAGGUGUGACUCCAGCAAAGAAGAGUACUGCGCCCGCAGCUCUGGUGGAGAGCUGCUCGGACGGUAAUGCGGGUGUUGUCUCUCCCUGUCAACCAACCCAAAAUCCUUCUCCAUUACCACAACCCCCCACCCCACUCGCAGGCCAGGGUAGGCUGCUUGAAGAAAAGAACGAUAGGAUCUCUAAAGAGAAGCAAAAGUUCUUUAGAUCGAGCGCGUUUAACGCAGAUCAUAAUAAGCUAAAGCGGGUGGGGGGCGGUGAUAAGUCUAGGUCCUCUCAAAGUGUCAGUCCUAAAUCGUCUCAGAACAACGUAACCCCUAAAAAAAGCACCCCUAAUAGAAGGGUGCCCCCAGUGUCUAGCAGCAGCGGCAGCGAGGUUAGCGAAAGUGAUAGUUCUGACGAUACAGAUAGUUCUGACGACCAGGAUAACGACGAUGCUGAAGGUAGUUCGAGUAGUUCAAGUGAUUCUAGCGAUUCGUCUUCCUCCGAUGAUGACGAGGAGGAAGAACAAGAAGAACAUCAAAAAUCAUCAGGGCCUUUCUCUUGUGAUCUUAACGAGGACAAACCUUGGGGCUUUGCUGCAGCUGCUGCUAAACUAAACGUGGAAUCGCCGUUUUUUAGCAACAUAACAAACACCUUUGGUGCAUCAUUACCAAAACUUGACUUGAGUACUAAACCUACGUUUGGAUUUAAUAUACAGCCAGCUAUAAGUCCUUUGGACAAUAAAAAGAAGCAGAAAAUUAGCCAUGACAGCUCGACUUUCUCAUCUGACAGUAAAAUCAAACCCGGUGUAGGUCAGUUGAAAGGUCUAUUCGACGGUCUUAGCCACUUCUUUACAGCUCCAACCAAUAGCAGGGCACGAUCAGGUACUCAGGCCCCAAAUUAUGCUCCUGAUAGAAGAAAAAGGCCCAGCCCUGAGGAGCGCAGCAAUUCGAAUAUUAUUGUUAAAUCGAAUAAAAUAUCGAAAGGGAAUCAGGAAUGUAAACAGGAGGAGCCAACAGGAAAUGUUGGAAAAACUGAAAAGAAAAAGCCUAGUGAUGUCACGGAAAUUCUCAGAGUACCUAGACCUGGCAUAUUUAUACCUUCUGAUGAAAGUUUCUUUCGAUCGAACUCACAAGAUUCGCAAGAGUUCCAAGAUUUUCAUAAGCAACCUAAAAUGACACCCUCUAAUUUAGUGAAAACUGCAGUCAAUAGCAAACGUCAUGAACAGGACCAAAAAAAAUUUUUGAAAGGUGUUGACGAAUCACGAUGUCUCAAAUAUGGCAGCAUGGUCUCACCUUGUUCAUCGCCUUCCAGUCUAAUGAAGAAUGAGCAGCAUUCGCGAAAAAAACAACUGAUCACAGAGGCCACCCAGACUCGCCACCCUGAGCCCGCUAUUCCAAAAAAUAUCCCCGGCAGCAAUUCCAACCUUAAACCAAAUCCAAAACCCAACCCUCGAACCUAUACUAGCGCCACCACCACCAACACCACCACGACACCCCGCGCGACACCCUGCUCCACCAAGAAGGAUGAACCCGUUGCAACCCAGACAUUACCCCCAGGUGUAACGCAGAAGGAUGUGGAUCUAUUUAAAGAGGCUAGGGAACGAGCUAACGGCUCAACUGUGACAUCUGUUGAGGUUACAGACUCGUCUCUGAGUCCUGGUGGUACCGGACCUGGAUCUGGUAGCAGAAAUCCUGCUGCAAUCGUUUUUGGCAGAUACGAAGUCGAGACUUGGUACUCCAGUCCAUUUCCUCAAGAAUAUGCUAGAUUACCCAAGUUGUUCUUCUGUGAAUUCUGUUUGAAGUACACUAAAAGUCGAGCUGUGUUGGACAGGCAUAUGGAUAAAUGCCAAUGGAGACAUCCACCUGCCACAGAAAUUUAUCGAUGUAACGGCUUAUCUGUAUUUGAGAUUGACGGCAACGUGAAUAAAAUUUACUGUCAGAAUUUAUGUCUGCUGGCAAAGCUGUUUCUGGAUCACAAAACCCUCUACUACGAUGUUGAACCAUUUUUAUUUUACGCAGUCACAAAGAAUGAUAAAUACGGUUGUCAUUUAGUGGGAUAUUUCAGUAAAGAAAAACAUUGUCCUGCGCAAAGGUACAAUGUUUCAUGCAUAAUGACUCUACCCCAGUAUCAGAGACAAGGAUUUGGUCGUUUUCUUAUAGAAUUUAGUUACUUGUUAUCAAAAGUCGAGGGUAUUCCAGGUACUCCAGAAAAACCACUGUCCGAUUUGGGUAGAGUGUCUUAUUAUUCUUUUUGGAAGAGUGUUGUUCUCGAGUACCUGGAUUUACACCGAAAAGAUAAAGACAUUAAGCUAGGUGAUAUCACAAAAGAAACUGGAGUAUCAGCUCAUGACAUUGCAAUGGCAAUGCAGCUACUUGGUUUUAUCAGACCAGUUAAUACAUCUAAGGAUGACAAACCAAAGGUAAUAAUAGCCGUGGAUUGGAAUAAAGUUGACAUUCACAUGGCAAAAGUUCGCAAGAGUUCUCGAAUAAGUUUAGAUCCAGAAUGCUUACGGUGGAUUCCAUUGCUCAGUCAGAUUUCCAACCCAUAUCUAAGUACUGAGGAAGGGGGGGAGACUGGUUCCGAAAGUUCACCGAUACUGGAGCCUAAGCCCAUACCGACAAUUGUAGAAAAAAUUCAGAAGGUCAAAAUAAAAAAGAAGCCACGGGGAAGGAGAUCGGGACACAGAAGAGCAUCUCCUCUAAAACCCAAAUCUACCCAAAAAACUGUUCACCUUAAAGAAAAAGAUAAAAACAAAGACAAAAUCAAUGACAACAAAGCAGUGGUCAAGGAUAGUCAGAAAGUCGUAGAUAUUGAAGAAACAAAGAUGAAUAUGGAAGUGGAUAAGGAGGUCUUGGUCACAUCAAAAAAUACGAAAAGUGCUGCUGCAAAAAAUCCUCCCGUUACAAAUACUCCUAAAGCAACCCCAACAUCAACUUCAAGGAGAAGAAUAAGGGCACCGAAAAAUGUUAUAGUCGAACCCCCAGUUUCAAUACCUUCAAGAAAACGAAAACAUUCCGAAAAGACUGAAUCUGAAGAUAAAGAAGAGAAAGUUGAAAGUAGUAGAAAACGAACUCGUGAAUCUAUUAGGGAAAAGGAGAAGGAGAAAGAAAAAGAGAGAGAAAAAGAAAGGGAAAAGGAAAAGGAAAAAGAAAUAGCGAAAGAAAAAGAAAAGGAGAAAAUUAAGGAAAAGGAUAAAGAGAGGGAAAAUGAAAGAGAAAAAGACAACGAACGAGAAAGAGACAGAGAAAAGAAAAGAGAAAGUGAAAAGGAGGAAAAGAACAAGGCCGAAGAAACAGAAGUACAAUUGGAUGCAACAAUAGAAGUUCCGAAUAGUCCUCCCAAAAUCUCAACACCACCAUCUCCAGUACCUACUCCAAAGCCUACAAAGAAACAAAGCAAAUUGGAUGAUAUUUUGAUGAAAGUUACUAGCCGACAAACAAAAAAUCUACAAGCAAAACAAGCAAGAGAAAAGAAGGCACUAGAAGAUGCACAAUGUAAUGGGAAAAAGGAGGAAAUCAAAGAUGUAAAAUGUUCUCCAAUGUCGAGGCGUAGUAGAGCCAAAGUUGCGGUAGCUACAGUAGCUGACAACUUGAAGAUGCCUGAGUUAAAACCUGAAUCACCAACUAAGGACAGGACAAAAAGUCCUGUCAUUCCUCCACCUUCGCUGUCACCUCCUCCUGAAGAGGUACAAACUAAAGUAUCUAGCGAAAAAAUGACUAUUCCUGAGAUAUUUCCUUCAAGGCCAAGUAGUAUAAAAGAUGAUAAAGUAGACCAAAUCGAAACACCAACAGUAACAGACCGAACUGAAAGCGAAUUACCAACUGGAAGUCCAGGUGAAUAUGAGGGUGGUGAUGAGGAUGAGGGAGAAGAAGAAGAAGAACCUCCUCCAAGGUCAAAAUCGAUAUCGCAACAAGCACCACUCACACCACCCAGUCCAGUCAAGGACAAGGUAGAGAAGCUAGAAAAAAUGGUCGAAAAAGAAAUUGUAAAGGAUAAAACUAUGAAGCAAAAAGAAAAACCAAGUCCAAGAAAAAGUGAAGUAGAUAAACCUGUUGUUGAAGAAAGAAACGAUGUCUCUAAGGAGCUUCUAAAAAAUUCGGAAACAGGACAAAUUCCAGAGAUAACUGCUCCUGUUCAACCUGCAUCACCGUCAAAGGAAAAAAUUCCAGAAAAAACGGAGAAAAUAGAUCAAGAACAAUCCAUCCCACAGCAACCAAACAUGUGGGAAAAACCUAAGGAGCUGAAAGAUAGUUUGUCACAAAGUAAAGCAAAUAACCUGCUCGCUGAAAAAAGGGAAAGUUCCACUGGCAAUUUAGUAAUGAUGGAGACCCAACUACCUACACCUCAGGAAAAGAUAGUACCUGUGAUAGAACAGGACACGCUACAUCUUCAGAUACAUCAAGAAGAAAAACAAAACUCCCCUGAAAGUGGUAAAACUACGCCUCAUUUAGACAAUCCGGGGUCUGUGAAAAGAACUCCUCCUUCGCAGCCAGACUUACCUUCAAUGGGUGUUUAUACUCCAGAUUCCACAACUAAUUCCGUACAUUCGUUGCAUUAUGGACAAUGUGAACUUGAUGUUAAUCAGCUUGGGUUAGAAUCUCCUACAUCAAUAGCUAGUGAUUUAGCAUCUCAAAACAGUGUGGAAAGACCUCCUAGCGCAUUACCUAUGCCUCCAUCUGCUCCAACGAAUAUUGCAACCUCAUUGCAAAUCACAGCACCUCCAGUUGCGGUUAAUAUUCCACCACAAGUACAGUACUCAGAUUGUUCAAUGCCUCAGCAUACGCCACCGGCGCAUGUAGCAAUACAUCCCAUGCAUCAGCCCCACACACCACAACCGCUGCAGCAACCACGUACACCCCAGUCACAUACUCCACAGUCACAUACUCCUCAAAGUAUUCCAACGCAGAGUCCACAACCCAUUCCUCAGAGCCAUACUCCUCAACCUCUUUCUCAGUCUCAUACACCGCAACCAUUAUCUCAGUCCCAUACGCCACAAAAUAUACCUAUUCAAAGCCCACAACCUAUGCCUCAAAGUCAUACCCCACAGCCACUCCCUCAGUCGCAUACCCCACAACCAAUGCAGUUAUCUCUUGGAGCUCAGCAACAAGCACAAAAUCAAAGCAUGGCUCAUAGCCAAUCACAACAACAACAACAACAACAACAGCAACAACAACAACAACAACAACAGCAGCAGCAGCAGCAGCAACAACAACAACAGCAGCAACAGCAACAACAACAACAGUCUGCACAUCAACAACAAUCGCAGUCUCACAGUAGUAAGCGAGCAAGUGGAUCACAAACGCAUAGAUCGAGAUCUACCCAACAAAGGUCUCAUCGUGCUACUCCACCAACCUCCCAUGCUCAGAGUUCUCAACAUUCAGCAGCCCACGUUAGUCAUAAUACUAUAGCCCACACACAUGGAUCGCAUUUACCGCCCCAGUACCAACAGUCUUCCAUGACUGUGCCGCCAAUGUCUCAUCCUCAUUCGCAUACACAUGCAGCCCACUCUCACAAUAUGGCUGUUAUUUCUCAAGGAAAUUAUAUGGCCGUGGCGUCUCAAGCAUUUCCAACACAAAAUACUUACGUUAUCCAACACAGAGGUGGCAGAUCUGGAGCUCCAACACCUUGUACGACAGCCACGAAUUUCUACAUUCAGACAAGUACAAUGCCACCUCACUCACACACACCGGCCCCACCAUCACUCACAGGAUCUGGUAAUCAUCAAACUCCGAACUCUUGUAGUUUGGCAAAAUUACAACAGUUGACAAAUGGUUUGGAAAUGAUACCUCCAACUCCUCCACCGGCUAUGAACUUGACCCCACCCCCACCUAUCCCUCAUACCAUGACACCCCCACAAACAUCGAGACAGCUACCUACACCUCCCCAGGUACCUCUAGGAUAUGGUAAGAAUUAUUAUAAUGUAAAUACUGCACCACCCGGCACUCCUGGACCAUCAAGUAGAUCUGCUUCGAGGCCAUCGGCAAACGCAAAUAUGGCAUCUUUGAAUCAAACAUAUGCCAGCGAGGGUCUAUAUAGGCAGUCAUUGGACCCAAGUGGUACUUGCCCACAAAUGCAAAGUGCUGCUUCUCGAGUUAGUCCAAACGUUACGUUGAAUCCAAAUAUAAUGGCUUCACCAUAUGGCUACAGAGUUGCUCAACCAACGACUGGUUACAUGAAUCAGGCGGCACAGCUCGGUGGUUUUAUGAAUCAGGCGAGUCAGUUACCAGUAGGUGUGGUUAACGUGCCGUAUUCUCAAGAUCCACACCAACAAAACCCGGCAGCCGUCUACACGACGUAUCACGGCUAUAUAAACGGGAGCCUUAUGCAACCCCUUAAUGGCACAAUGAGACCACGCUAGCCUUAGCUAUAAACUUCUGAUCUUUUUUUUUUUCCCCCCUCAUAAAAGACCUGUUCCUGGAAAACAGUAUGAGAUGAGUUGUAAUAUUCAGAGUUCAUGACAGAGCAAAUUCUGUACCUUAAUAAACUCAUAUUUUCUUACUUCGAACCAUUCAAUCGUUUCAAAUGGAUGAUAAUUGGUCACUAUCGACCACUUCAUUACAUCGAGUGUCAAAGCUACUCAAUCAUUCGAACCUAGAGUAGUGGUAUCACAUCAAUUGAAGUUUGAAAGCUUGUGAAACAGUUCCAACAUUUUGAAUCACUUCACAUGUCUCAAAAUGUUUGAUAUUUUUGUCAAUGAACUUUGGAUAUCAUAAAAAUAGCCGAGAGAGACCCCACGACAAAGUAAAUACGUAUUUUUAGUAGGGCAUUUUUCUCAAGGUGUUACGUUUGUGUAUCAUAAUAUUUAUAUAAAAUACUUAUGAAUAAUAUUCUGUUUGAUAUUAUCGAUUGUUAAGCAUUGUUGUUUACGUUUUGGGGCACGCUGUACUUUAUGUAUCAUAAACUACUUAUUAAUAUUAAUAUUACACACCAUUACACACAUAAUUAUAUUUUAUUCUUAUCACAUGUUCACUCACAACCGCUAUUGUAUGUAAUAAUAUCACUUAGUAUUGAGAGGGCACACUUGGUCCGAAAGGAUUGUGACUGUAUAGUUAGAGCUAUUCUGCAAAUAAUCGCAAACUGUUGUGGAAACUAUUUUUUUUUUUUAUUGUGAAAAGUAUAUUUCAUAUUUUAAACUUUAAAUGUGUGGUGCUCGUCCAUGUAUUUUAACUUUUUAUGAUUCCCAUUGAUACUUUGCAGAACAGCUCGUGAAAUUAUAUUUAUAAUACACAUUCAAGUUAAUUUUUCCAAACAUCUGACAGCAAAAGUAAAUCGCUAGUGUUAGUGUAAUUAUAAAUAAUAAGGAAGGUCUUUAAAAUAUAGUGUAAAGAUACAUCAAUAUUUAUUGUACAUAGAUAUAAAUCAUACUAACAAAUAAAACUACACUCGUAAAUAGUUUAUAUAGAGUAUUUUAUUGAUUAAUUUUAAAUUCAUCUACUGAUCUAGUAGAAUGAAAACCGCUAUUGACGUCGUAUAAAGAUGAAAGUAGAUAAUCGGGCUUUAACCUUGCCGUUGUGUAAUCCUUGACGAACAUUUUUUUAUUUAUAGUGAUAUCAUUUUAUGCUUUGAAUCGAACCGAGAUAUUAAAUUGUACUCACCAUAGUUUCACAAAAUUAAAUUGUACAAUUUUUACAUAGUACCAGAAAAUUAUAUCGACAAUUGUUCAAUAUUUUUGAAUAAAAAACGUGAAAAGA